AUGACCGACGAUCGCCUUCUCGGCCAAGAUGCCGAUGAAGACCUCCGACUGUCCGAACACCCGCCUCCUCGCUACGCUGGAGAGGAUACACGCCCGACUAGCACAAAGGAGCUGGCAGGGUGGUACAUGUAUGCGUUCGCGGCUGAAACUUACGUCAUAUGUGGAAUCUCAUCCUUCAUCCCUAUCCUCUUAGAAACUCUUGCUCGAGAGAAUGGUGUCCUCUUAUCCGAUCCGUCGAAGCCGUGCCCGAGCUCGACGAGCAAGGAACCUGGCCAAGACUCGCAAUGCGUAGUACACGUCCUUGGCAUGACCAUCAACACUGCCAGCUUUGCCAUGUAUACCUUCUCCGUCAGUGUCCUGAUACAGGCCCUGCUGGUAGUUAGUAUCAGCUGCGCUGCGGAUCACGGCAACUACAGAAAGAAGCUUCUCCUCACUUUUGCUUGGACCGGGAGUCUUGCUGUCGCCUGCUACAUAUUUGUCACCUCUUCCACGUACCUCCUCGGAGGUCUCCUCGCUAUCGUUUCCAAUACGUCCUUCGGCGCGUCUUUUGUGCUGCUCAACUCCUUCCUCCCCCUUCUUGUUAGGCACCAUCCUGACCUUCCACUACGAGCCCGGAGGGCUCUUGGCGGAGACUCUUCCCCUGAUGACCGGAACCACCAUCUUGACGAUAUAGCCGGCGACGAUGAUGGCGAGAUAACUCUUGUAGACUCGACGACCAAUCUGCUAGCAGACAGCGAAGGAAACCCACCAACUCUAGCUCUGCGCCGCGAGCACACGGAACAAGAAAUCAAUUCCAUCGAGGUUCAGCUGUCAUCGCAGAUAUCCGCCAAGGGCAUAGGAAUCGGAUACAUAGCCGGCCUGUUUGUGCAGUGCAUAGGCAUUGUCAUUCUUCUGUUUAUGCAUGGGACCACGUUCGCCCAGAGACUGGUCUUGUUGAUCAUUGGUCUUUGGUGGACCUUUUUCACCAUUCCCGCCGCCAUGUGGCUCCGACCUCGACCGGGUCCUCCGCUGCCCGAUUAUCUUGUAAAUGGACGAAAAGGAUCGAGCGCGUGGCUUUCUUACUUGAAGUACUCGUGGACGUCGCUUUUCAAAACCAUCCACCUAGCUCGCCGACUCGUGGAUAUUGUCCUUUUCUUGGUCAGCUGGUUUCUGCUAUCGGACGCAAUCGCGACGACAUCCUCGACGGCAAUUUUGUUCGCCAAGGUCGAGCUCAAAAUGGAGACCUGGGCUCUCGGCAUGAUCAACGUCAUCUCCACUUUGGCGGGAGUGUUCGGCGCCUUUAGCUGGGCCUACAUUUCUCGAAAGUGGAACAUGCGCCCGCAUCAGAUCAUCCUCAUCUGCCUGGCGCUCUUCGAGCUCAUCCCCCUCUACGGACUGCUAGGCUACCUCCCCUUCAUAGAACAUCUGGGCUUCCUAGGCUUACAACAGCCUUGGGAGAUGUAUCCGCUCGCAGCUGUCUACGGCUUGGUUCUCGGCGGCUUGAGCAGCUACUGUCGAUCGUUGUACGGCGAGCUCAUCCCGCCCGGUUCCGAAGCGGCGUUCUACGCGCUUUACGCCAUUACUGAUAAGGGCUCGAGUUUCUUCGGCCCGGCCAUCGUCGCUGCCAUUAUCGGCAAGGCUGGCCACAUCCGGCCGGCGUUUUGGUUCCUCGGAGCCCUCGUCGGAUUGCCUGCGCCGCUUAUCUGGCUUAUUAACAUUGAUAGGGGUAAGAAGGAGGCGGAGAGCCUUGCUGAGGUGAUUGAAGGGUUUAAGAUGGGCAACGCCAAUGGGGCUGCUCAUGAAGAUGCUGAUGAGAGGUGA